AUGAAUUUUAUUGUUGUAUUUUCAGCAUUUUCAUUUGUAGUGAGUUAUAUAGGAAUUCAGUAUGAAGCAGGAAGUAAACAAAUAAUGCAAGCUCAAGCAGGGCACAUAUUAGAGAAUUAUUAAUAUCUACCUAGAUAAAUUGAUGUCCAUAUAUUGUUUUAAAAAACAUUUGAUUAGCCUCCAGAAGUAUUUUUAUCACUAAAACAUUUCGAUUUGAAUUAUACAAAUAAAAAUGGAUUUAUUGAGAAAGCCAGCUUAAUAACAAAAUAAGGUAUUUAUUGAAUAAUCAAAAAAAGGUUUUAUGUUAAGCGGAAUAGCAGUUUCUUCAUCAAAACUUCAUGAAUUAAAGGUUGAUUGGUUUGCAUUUUAAGAUGAUAAAGUUUCAGUAAUUACAUAUGAAUCAAGUAAUUAUGAGGAACUUAAUACUGGUUCAGGUGAAAGAAAGAUAUAUCUUACAAUUGAUCAUAAAUUAAAAUAUGCAAGAUAUGGUAUUAUAUCCUUGAUUGGUUAUAUACAUUUAUCAAGUGAAGUAGUAAUGGAAACCAAAGUACUAUAUUUAAUACUAUAGAAUUCUUGGUUGAACAAAUAGAUUCAAAAUAAAUGAUUGUUUCAGUUAGGACAUAUAAUACAGGAUUAUUAUAAUAUGUUAAAAUGAAUAUUCUUUUGGGAACUGAUCAAUCAUUAUGGACAUCUACAGCUAGAGCUACCAUUUUUAACCCUUAUUUUGCUGCACUUAAUUAUUAAUACACCAGUCGUUUUAUGACAUUUGAAAUACCAUCACAGAUUUAACGGGUUGGAACUAUUCCUAUUGUUACUCUAAGAGGUUAUGAAUUUGAUACUCACUAGCAUCCUAGAAUCUAUUAUGAUUCUCUUACAUUUAAUACUAAUCUAAAUUAUAACUUAGUUACCUGUAUUCAAAUAAUUAUUAUACUUUAGGGUGGGAUACUGUUGUUCAUGCUGUUUAUGAUUAAUGUGGUAUAUAUAUUCCAGUUAAUACAAAAAUUUUACAGUCAAAUUGUGUUGAACUCUUUUCUGAAUGUGAUUUCAAUGGUGAUUCUUUUAUUAUUUGUGAUCAAAUACCUGAUUUACAUUAAUAAGGAUGGAAUAAACCUAUUAAAUCAUUCAGUAUUCCAGCUUUUAGAAUAUUAUAUCUCUUUGAUAAGGAAAAUUAUACUGGUUUAAAAACUAAAUAUAUAGAAAAUUAAUCAUGCAUCGAUAGCAUAGUUGCUUUAUCUGCUAAAUUCUAACCUAUUAUUUCAUUUAUUAAGAUACUUUUUCUCAAUACUAAAAUUACAGAUAAUUGUUCUACUGUUAUGUUUUAUAGUGAAUGCAAUUAUUUAGGCUAAUCCAUAUAAAUUCGACAAGGAUAUUAAUUAAAACCAGAAUCCAAGAUUCCUUUUUAAAUUAAAUCUAUUCAAAUUUGCCCAAACAUAAUUGUUAAAUUAAAGGGAGCAAGUUAUUUUGGAGGAGCAAUCUAAGUUUUUACUGCUUCAUAAUCUUGUUUGGAUAGCUAUAAGGUAAUUAUUAUUUUUUAUAAAGUUUCCUAAAUAUAUUUAGCCUAGCUGA